AUGUCAUAUGCUGAUCAGUUUAAGCAAGAAGUAAAAUGCCUGAAUGAGAAAAAUGACAUAAAUGCUAUUGAGGAAUACUUGGAUACUGAAGUGUUUAGGUAUAACCCUCUCGAACAAACCAUUCUUUGUUGGAGAAAGCCUCUGCUUUUGACUCCAAUCACUGCCUCUCGCUCUAUAAAGACUUUUGCAGGGAAUCUUCGAGUACGAGAACAUCCGCUGCUUGGACCUUACGUAGAUGAUCUUACAAAAAUGGCUGAAGGAGCAAAUAUUAACAAAAGUCUCACCACUCUUGGUUUAGUCAUCAGCAAACUGGCUGAAGAGGCUGGGAAAAAGGGCAAACGCGGUAAAGGUGUGAUCCCUUAUCGAGACUCGGUGCUAACAUGGUUGCUACGAGAGAACCUCGGAGGAAAUUCAAAAACAGCAAUGAUCGCUGCAUUGUCACCUGCUGACAUUAAUUUUGACGAAACGCUCAGUACAUUACGCUAUGCUGACCGUGCAAAACAAAUUGUUUGCCAAGCUGUCGUUAACGAAGAUCCAAAUGCAAAACUUAUUCGCGAACUCAAGGAGGAGGCAUCUGAAAAACUCAUUGCUGAGCUGCAUGAGACAUGGGAGGAGAAAUUGCGAAAGACGGACGAAAUUCGAAGGCAGCGUGAAGAGGAAUUGCGAGAAAUGGGCUUAGCUACUGCACAGGAUGGCAGCACUUUGGGAGUGUUUAGCCCGAAGAAGCUCCCACAUCUCGUGAAUCUCAACGAGGACCCGCUCAUGUCUGAAUGCCUUCUCUACUACCUGAAAGAAGGAAUUACAAGUGUCGGUCGCCCCGAGGCCGCAAAACGCCCUGACAUUCUUCUGUCUGGUCAAGCAAUUUUAGAGCAUCACUGCAGUUUCAUAAAUGAAGAUGGAUGUGUAAGCCUUGAUCCUGAAAAGAUUCUCGAUAUUUAUUUAGAGCAACCACUCGACUGGAAGUAUGCCCAGCAGGAGUUGCUCGAGAAGCAAGGAAUCGAUCUGAAGGCGGAGAUGGAGAAAAAAUUGUUGGAAAUGGAAAGCCAAUACCGACGUGAACGUGAAGAACUUGAAUUGAAGAUGUUACGACAAACAAAGGAGUACGAAACGCGUAUUGAAAGCUUGCAACGACAAGUGGACCUCGCUCAGUCAAUGAUUAGCUCUUGUGGUUCUGGAUGGGAAGGGGAACGUUUCCUAACGAGCUCUCUUAUGGAAUUCGGUUAG